AUGGUCAACCAGUUGCCGCAGUCGUGCCGCUUCGUUGUGUAUGCACACCUCGAUGCACGCGACCUGUUUCGCCUACGUGGAGUAUGCAAGACUACCCGCGACACGAUAGAGCAUCCCUAUGUAUGGAAGCGCAUGUUUGCGGCAGACCUGUUCACGCUCGUAACCGAGAGCAACCAAGGACAACCAACCGCGUAUCAGUCCAUCGUCACGUCGAUUCGCCAAGCAUGUGGGUUUUCCUUCGCAGAUGAAAUGAAGUGGAGCCUCUCACCGAUGCGAUGGACCACUUGGCCCCUCAUGUACCGUGCCUGUGCGAAGAAACUCCACUACCUUCGCCGCGACGUUACCCGACUCGUUGCUGAACUGGAUGAGAUUCAAUCCCUUCGUCGGGAGCGAGGACAUCUCAAGGACAUGACACAGGUUAGAGGCAAGCGAACAGGAACUGAAAUGCGGCGGAAUCAACUGAGUUGCGUCAAGUACAUCAACAAGUCGACGCGCAGACUUUGGGUUGCCGACCACUCGGUGCCAACUCUAGUUACGUCCAAGUCCGAUCUCCUACAGCGUCUCCAGACCGUGGACACAGCAUUAAAGGAUUCCACCGCCACAGCCUUUACAUUGCGCACCCAACUUCGAAAGGAGCAUCGGAAAGUCCUCGGCCUGAUCGCCGCCGCCCGCGCUCAAGUUCGAACGGUCCUUGUCCAUGAGUGUCAGGAUAGCGUCGCCCCGGUUGCAGUCUAAAUUUACAAAAAAUAUCAAAAACACAAAAAUAUAUCAACAUUUCACUG